AAUAGAAUCCUCUGGAACUCGACGGUGGAGAGCAACGUUAACUAACCUUCCUCUCUCUCUCUCUCUCUCUCUCUCUCUCUCUCUAUAGGCCCUUCCUCAUACGCCCUUACCAAUCGUUCGUCUCGCUCGCUCGCUCGCUAACCCUUAUUCAUAGAGCAAGUAGAAAAAAGAGAAAGGAAGCAGGGAUAUUCAUCAAUCCAUAUCAAUGGUGGAUCCAUUUUUCAGCGAUCAUCCCCUGAAAGGCUUCUUUUGGAACACCAAUCCUCACAUGUUCAGGCUCAUCCCACAAGGCCAUGGAGAUAUCGCCUCUGCUGAUUGGCUCGAGACCCCCACCGCCCAUAUCGUCAAGCUCAAUAUUCCAGGGCUUCGGAAAGAAGACGUGAAGGUUCAGGUCGAAGACGGUAACAUCCUUCAUGUUAGUGGAGAGGGAAACAAAGAGGAAGCUCCUCCAAAGGACAGCAUAUGGCAUUGCAUGGAGAGAGGGAAACCCCAAUUCUCGAGGCAAUUCGCAUUGCCGGAUAAUGUGAAAGUGGAUCAGAUAAAGGCUCAUGUUGAAAAUGGGGUUCUCACCAUUGUUGUGCCCAAAGAAGCCAACCGUAAAUCCAAGGUUAGGACCAUUAACAUAUCCAGUAAACUUUGAGAUUUGGAGUACUAUGGAAGCUUAUGUAAGAACUACUUGCUUAAGUCUAUAGUGAGGAAGUACUGUUGUCGUUUCACCUCUGUAAAACAAUGCUUGGAACUGGUUCUCAGGAAUAAAGAGAAGCAUGUCUUAGCUGUUGGUUUUAGCAGAGUGUGUGUGAUUGCUGGUUUGGGUUGUUGAGUUUUCGAAAGAAUGUUAUAUUAUGGUCUGUAAUCUUUAAUAAAAUGGAGGUGGCAGCUGAAUUCUCAAUGCCUUCUGUUUC